CUGGCUUAGUGAGAUAUACCCUUUCGCAACUCGACGGAUUAAUGGGAUUGCUCUUCUGAUUCCACAUAGCUCAUGCUCCAACCAUGGACAAAGCUAGCCAUUAUUGUCUUGGUGGCUACGGGAAAACUAUUCAUGGCUAACCCUACGAUACUUGUAUCGCUGACCAACGAUGUUUGGGUUAGGACAAUGAUGUCACAACACACAGCAAUAUUGCUCGCUUUCUUUCUUGGCGAGAUGCUAGCCAUAUAUAAUAGCAGCAUACAAGUGUUCACCAUGGCCAUGGGACAAAAGAGCAUAGCCAUGUUCAUCCUCACCAUCUCCUUUAAUACACAAGGGAAUGGGUACAAACCCAUGAAUCUAAGCUCAUGGGAAAUAUUCGUGCUAAACUUUGGGAGUAGUGACUCGGCAAGCAUGGAUGGGUGAAUGUUGCCCAUCUGACAAAGCAAGAUAUCUGCAUAAGCAAGAUAUCUGCAUAAUGUAGUUUCAAUCUUUUAAUUAUUUUUCUUGAGCAUCAAAGGAUUAAGUCAGGUGGUUAGCAUCAGAAGAAGGGAUCAGGCCACCCAUUUACAAGCCCCCAAACAGUUGCCUUUCCUUCUCCUAUCACUGCUUUCAAAUUUAUCCCUUUUAUCUUUGUGAAAACUUCACAGAGAAAUUGCUGUAUUUCAUAUUUGUAUAAUGCGGGUUUCUUAUUACAGAAUGAGAGAGUGUUUGAAAGGGACAAUAGAGGGUGCAUUUAUUG